GGGUGAGAGCGUGUAAGCUUGCCGCGUUUCUGAUUUUGAAACAUYCCGGGUCUGAGCUCCCUGGAGGACGAAUCUGUGAGGAGUGUCUAUGAUGGUUUGUUCAGCUCUCAGGAGGGCUGCCCAUGCACACGUCUGCCUGGUGAGGAAGAUCAGUCCUGUCAGCAGAAACCAUCAGCAUCAAGUGUGGGGCUCCAGGCCGGCUGCAUCAGAGUUUGUUGCCCAAGGAGCUCCAGGCAGUGUCACAGAGUUGCUGGGCAAGUCCUACCCUCAGGAUGACCAUACCAACCUCACCCAGAAGGUCCUGUCCAGGGUUGGCAGGAACCUGCACAACCAGCAGCACCACCCUCUGUGGCUGAUCAAGGAGAGAGUGAAGGAGCACUUCUACAAGCAGUAUGUGGGCCGCUCUGGGACACCACUAUUCUCAGUCUAUGACGACCUUUGUCCAGUGGUCACCACCUGGCAGAACUUUGAUAGCCUGCUCAUCCCAGCUCACCACCCCAGCAGGAAGAAGGGGGACAAUUACUACCUGAAUCRAACUCACAUGUUGAGAGCACACACUUCUGCACACCAGUGGGACUUGGUGCAUGCAGGACUGGAUGCCUUCCUGGUGGUGGGUGAUGUGUACCGGCGUGACCAGAUUGACUCCCAGCACUACCCAGUUUUCCACCAGUUGGAGGGUGUUCGGCUCUUCUCCCAGCAUGAGUUAUUUGCUGAUAUAAAGGAUGGAGACUGCCUGAAGCUCUUUGAACAAAGUUCUCGCUCUGCUCAUAAGCAAGAGACACAUACCAUGGAGGCCUUGAAGCUUGUAGAGUUUGACCUUAAGCAAACUCUCAGCAGGCUUGUGACACACCUGUUUGGAGAUGGGUUGGAGAUAAGAUGGGUGGACUGCUACUUUCCUUUUACUCAUCCUUCCUUUGAGAUGGAGAUCAACUUCCAYGGAGAAUGGCUAGAAGUUCUUGGCUGUGGGGUGAUGGAACAGCAACUGGUCAAUUCAGGAAUCAACAUGGGCAGAUUGAUAGUGUUCACAAAACAUGCUGGUAGCAAUUUGAUUGCAGGAAGAAUGAAAUUUUGCUCAGGCAAGUGCAAAUUUAUCUGUUAUGGUUUAUCCACCAAGGAGAGUGCCCUCGGGGUGAGAGCAAAGGGGAAUGAGAAGAAGGAAAAUCAGGAGAACAAAAAGGAACAGGAGAGAAUAAUGCUGCAGAAUGGGUCUGAUACAGCUGGCACUGUUGGCUUUAAUCUGAUCCUGAAUUAA